CUUGUUUUGAAAUUGAAUUGAAAUCGAACGAAACGAACUUUUCAAAUUAAUAAGGCUGUUUAACUAGUAGAGAUUCCACAAAUUAAAAAAACAAUUGAACCUUCGUACUGAAGUUGUGUUAAUUAUCGAAGCAAUGAGUUUAUUGAGUGCGGUUCUCCACGAAGUGGAUAAAGCGAACACAGACGAGCUGAAAAACGACCGGGAUGAUCUCCUACCUAAGGUUAAAGAUCUCGCGGAAAGAUCGCAACUUCUUUCUUGGGCUUUGCAGCAGAAUUUUACCGACACUUAUGUAAACUUCACGCCAACAAAGAGUUUAGAACUACUCAACUACAGAAACCGGAAAGCUAAUAUUAUUUCUGACUACACAGAUCUGUCAAAUAAGUUUGCAACUUUACAGAGUAAAGGCUUCAGUGAUGCUGAAUUUCUUAAGUACUGGCAGAAAAUGUGUAGUUCUUACCAAUUAUUGACUAAUUUAUCCGUCGUAGUUGAAGCUAAAAGAGUGUUAGAGCAAGCGAACCAUGAAUAUGGCAGGUACAACUACAGUGAUGCUAUGUUAGGAGUCAUGGAACUACAGAAGCAAUUGAAAAAUUUAGAGUUGGAUAAAUCUUUGUCUAAAGCAUUAUCAAAUCUUGCUGCUCAAGCUGAAAACCAAUUAUCUUUGUAUACUGCAAGUUUGAGUAUUGAAUGGGAAGAUCUAUUCACAUGGUCUGAAAAUAAAAGUGUUCAUUAUUUGACCUACUCCCUGACCAUACAGCAGAGUGACCCAAUUCUUAUACAGAAGGUUCUCAAAACUCUUUAUGUAACAGAGAGGAUGAAUGCAGAAUUAGGUCUCUUUUCUCAUUUCUUUAUUGAUAAACUGCUCCAUAAUAUCAUACGGCAUAACUGUGACAUAUUUACUGACGAUCACAUUGGGGCUCUGAUCUUCAAUAUCAAAAUAGACUUGAACGACAACAAGAAACCAAAUUACCAAACAAUUUUCAACAAUUUAACUGCUGUAUUUGAGUUCCUGCAGUCCACGCUCGGCUCUCAUUUUGAUAAUGAAAAAACAUUCAUAGAGGUAUUUGCAGAUUCAAUUAGGAACAAGUUUUUCAACAAGAUCAUUGAAGACUGCAUCAGGAACAAUUUGCCAUCUUGUGACAGCAGCUACGAACAUUAUAAAACAAUAGUUUUUGAGUUAGAUUCUUUUAACAAAUUUCUCAUAGAUUUAAAAUUCAUCAAAGCAGAAGAUUCUCCUCUGAAUAAAUACAUCAAUGACACAGAAUGUGUACUGUAUAACAAGAAAUGUGAUAAACUAUUAUCGGAUGUCCGCUUAUUGCUAUCAGAAAGUUUGUGUUAUGGGACAAUUGUAGUAGGUACAGAGACAUAUGUGCCCAAUGAUUCUAUUCUAGACAUAACGGAUAAGGAUCUUUGGGAUUUAAACAGGCCUUUGUUUUUACCAAAAUGUGUAGUUUCUCAGAACGUUCGGAAAAUCUUGGCAUUGAUUGUAGACCACUUGGAGGAAAGUAUGAAGCUUCCAGAAAAGUACAGUCGGCAGCUAGUGAUGUACAUCAAGGACAUUGCGGUCUUGUACCAAUGUGUGGUCCCCAAGAAGUUCAAAGUUAACUUGGAAUGCUGCCCAUUAGAUAUAGGUAUGGUUUCUUCACUUAACAAAUUAUUAAUUUCAUACAUAAUUUCAUUUUUAUUAAUCCAAAUCCCAAUUAACUUCAUUUCAGCCCUUUUCUUCAACAACUGUUUCUACCUAGCACAUGGGUUGCUCGGCCCUCCCUGGAAGGUCUCCCUGCCGUCAGACCUGGCUGAUCAGCUCGUGACUGUACUUCUGGAGUCUAUUCAGAAUCUACGAGUGCUGGGCUUAGAGAAAAUGUCCCUGUAUUUGCAGAACCAGAAGAAUAUUAUCACGCAAAGCAUUGAAACUGCGGAACCUACUGCGUGGACCCACGAGACCUACGAAACAUUCGACAUAGCCAUCAACAAAGCCACCACUCUCCUCAAAGACUUGAAGGCCAGUUGGCACACCAUCUUGCCCACGCGCAUGUACGAGAUGUCCAUAUGCUCGUUAAUCCAGACUCUCUGUCACGCCGUGGUAAAUAGAAUCUUCGCGGACAUCAGGCCGAUUGAGGAAAAGUUGGUUUACAUGCUCGCUGUGAGAGUUGAAGAUAUUGUGGCUGAUGUGGAAGUUUUAUUUGAGGAACCAAUAGAGUUUGAGAGCAAGAUCCCAGUUUGGAAGAAGUUUACUAAGCUCCCCCAACUCCUCAAGGGCCAGAUGCUGGAGCUGGCGACCCUGUGGCGCCAGGAGUCGGAGCUGAGCAGCAACUACGCGUGCGAGGAGAUCCGGCAGAUAACGGCAUUCCUGAUCAUCGCGUUAGUGAUCGUCGUCAAUCAAGGAACAGGCGCAGCCUCGGGGUUGGAAAACAACGCUAAACAUGACCAGCUAGCCGAAGAGGCCAGAAACAGUGCUUUGACGAUCACGGACGGCCCAAAGUACGUAAAUAAGCAAAGCACAGCUCGAAAUAAUACAAAUGAAACCUGGCCGAGCACCGAAGCACAAAGUCACAAUCACAAACCCGAACAGAGACCGCCGAGCAAACCUCCCAUCAACCUCGACAAAGUACAACAAAGACCACAGAAGUACUAUGUUGAAUUACCACGAAAUCACUACGGCCCACUCCAAAAAGUUUCCGUGAGACAUUUCCCUCAGUCGCCACUGAUGUAUCACCCUCCAAACAAUUUAUACAAUAACUAUCAGCAAGUGAUACCGCUGACGCCGCACAAAAAUUCGUAUUACAUAAAACAGCAAUCAAGGCCUCUUGCAUUCGCAUCGUCAGUAAACGCACCUACUGUCGCUCAAAGUCCAAAAUUCAGUCUUCCAGUUCAGACUAUUAAAGGGGUGAGAACUGAUACAGUCAGACCCCCGCAAAAUCCUCACAAAACUAAUGUAUCAACCACCACUGUACCCACAACUACCACAAGACUUCUAAGAACGAAGCGAAUAUGGCCAAAAAAGAUUUUAGAAAAAAUGAACGCUACUCUGAAAAAUUCAACAAAGAAAAAUGAUACACAUGUAAUAGAUAACAGGAUAAAUGAUUCAGAUCCAGACACUGCGGAAACCGUCCGAGUCAAAUACGUUUAUAAAAAUGCAAACACAACCGAGACACCAAUCAAACGUCCGUACAGGCCAGUGACGAGGAUCCCCAAAAUAAAAUCAACCACUCCGUCUUUCAAUGUCAGUGAGAUUCAACCUAACGAUUGGAUACCACUAGUGCCGUCUCAUUACACAAGACCUGGAAGGCCGACGCUAAAGAGGAUUAAAAGAUCCGAUACAUUCCCAGGUAUACCUGAACCAUACCCCCGACCGACUGUACCAAGUAAACGUAUGUUGUAUUUACAUUCUUUUGGAUUAAUCCCAAUGAAUAAUUUACAAACACCCAUGCCCGAGAUUGCGAGAAAAAAAGCGUCGUAUUUUCGUAAAAGAAAGCGACAACUGAAUCCCUAUUAUUCUGGUUACAGCACGAAGCCCGGAAUAGGAGCGCAGCACUAUUAUUACGAUGAUCACCACGGCGAAAGCAGUCACAUUCACAGCCACGGACAUAGCUACAACAAUCACCAGCACGAGCAUCAACCAAAAGUGGUCACAAGAGUGAAACACCACCAUCAUCACCACCACCACAGAUACAUCAAAACAGUAGAGAAACCAGUGAAAGUUCCUUACAAAGUGGAGGUGCCAAAGCCGUAUCCGGUCGCGAUCCCUGUAGAAAAACGGGUUCCUGUUACUGUGGAGAAGGUGAAGGUUGUCGAAAAACCUGUACCUUAUCCCAUCGGUAUUAAGGUGCCUCAUCCCGUCCCUGUCAAAGUGGUGGAAAAAGAGUAUAUUCCAAAACCAUACGCGGUAAUUCAGCAGGUCCCUGUAGUGAAGCACGUUAAAGUGAAAGUGCCACACCCUGUGCCAGUUCAAGUGGAGAAGAGAGUACCUUACCCGGUGGAAGUACAGGUGCCGGUUGACAGGCCAGUGCCCGUUCCUGUGGAAGUAGAAAAACAAGUCCCUUACCCGGUGCCUGUAAAAGUGUUGGUGCCUCAGCCUUAUCCAGUAGAAACUAAGGUGCCCUACCCGGUACAAGUCAAGGUUAAAGAGCCAUUUGAGGUCAUAAAACACGUACCCGUUAGAGUACCCGUUCCACAACCAUUUGCGGUCCCCCAUCCUGUUCCUGUUCACGUUGAGAAAAAAGUACCUUACCCCGUCGAGGUAGAAAAGAAAGUGCCCGUCCCGUUCAAGGUGAUAGUGCCGCAAAAAGUGGAAGUCGAGAAAAAAGUGCCGGUUUACAUCCCGAAACCGUACCCAGUGGAGAAGAAAGUUCCAGUGCCCGUCAAAGUCCCCUAUCCCGUCAGAGUUCCAGUAAAAGUACCUUACGAAGUGCCAGUAUAUCUUAAUAAUCCUGGACCUAUUUAUGGCGAUGGGUAUUAUGUUUCUGGAGGAAUUAAUGUAUCAGAAGAAUCCGCUACGCAAGACCCUAAUCAUACAGUGACAGUCCAUGGAAAUACAGGUUUCACUGGGUUCCAGUCACGGUCAGAUGGCACUGAGACUACGACGGCAAGUACGACGUCCAACCCUUGA